AUGAUUGACCCCAACUUUAACCUGGAUCGAACCGCGCAAGCCCAGCGAUAUCCCAACAUGGCGCACGGUGCUGGUGGCUCCCAGCGUGGUCCGGGCAAAUCAGUCCGGAUCACUUUCGGACCACAGGUCGACGAGUAUAUACCUUCCUCAAACAGUACUUCAACCCCCCUUUCUGCUUUUGAAUCCGGCCGCCAGCGACCCCAAAAGAGCGACGGCGAUCAGCUCCAGAGCAAUGGACGCUCAGAUUGCGCAUCGAAUGGGGCGCAGGCACCUUCUGGUGGCGACGGUGGAGCUGUGUCCGGGCGGAACCCAGUGUCUCCCUCACUCCGGGCACCUAGAAAGAUACGCCCUACACCACCUCUUCUUGUUCGGGCAAAGAGCGAACACUACACAUCGCCUGGAGUUGAGAACGGAGCAGCCCAUGACGGGGAUGAGGAUUUCCAGUUAAGACACGGCUGGCAUGAAGAUUACACUUCUGGAGACUACUUGAAGAGCCUCACUUCCACGUUCUUCAUGUAUUUCACGGAGAAGCGCCAUGAAACCGGUGGGAGACCGAAAGACCCAGCCGGGAGCUGGCCUAGCCAGGACUGGCGCAUGAGAGAUCGGCUGAAAACUGUUUCUGCCGCGCUGGCUAUCUGCCUAAAUAUUGGUGUGGACCCCCCGGAUAUCGUGAAGACGAAUCCGACCGCGAAACUGGAAUGUUGGGUGGACCCAACGUCUUCUACUACCGGCGCGCAGAACAAGGUGAUGGAGCAAAUUGGAAAGAAACUACAAGAACAGUAUGAAACCCUCAGUCUUCGUACGCGUUACAAGCAAUACCUGGACCCUGCCGUCGAGGAGACGAAGAAAUUCUGUAUCUCUCUUCGCCGUAACGCAAAAGACGAGCGGGUGCUCUUUCACUACAACGGACAUGGUGUCCCCCUCCCAACUCAGUCGGGAGAACUUUGGGUUAUAUCCCCGAUAUCCUUAUACGAUCUUCAGACUUGGCUUGCUGGGCCAAGCUUGUUUGUGUUUGAUGUGUCCCAUGCUGGUAACAUUGUCCACAACUUCUCAACAUUUGUGGAAAAGCAUGAGAAGGAGAACAUCGAAAUUCGCAAGAGGGAUCCAAAUGCCGCGAUCCAAAACUACGGCGAUUGUAUUUUACUCGCCGCCUGUGAGAGAACAGAAACACUCCCAACCAAUCCGGAUCUCCCCGCAGACCUUUUCACAUGCUGCUUAACGACCCCAAUCGAAAUAGCAUUGAGGUUCUUUGUGUUGCAGAACCCUCUGCACACCAACAUAUCCAUCGAUGAGUUCAGGGUGCCGGGCCGCCUCCAAGAUCGAAGGAGUCCUCUCGGUGAAUUAAAUUGGAUAUUCACUGCGAUCACGGAUACGAUCGCCUGGAAUACCCUGCCCAGACCGUUAUUCAAGAAACUGUUUCGACAGGACCUCAUGGUUGCGGCUUUAUUUAGGAAUUUCCUCCUGGCUGAACGGAUCAUGAGAGCCCAUGAAUGCCACCCAGUAUCAUCUCCCAAACUACCCGAAACUCACAACCAUCCAUUAUGGCAAAGCUGGGAUCUUGCCAUUGAGAUGGUCCUUGCUCAACUCCCGGCACUCAUUGAGCAUGAGGAAGGCAAGCGUCACUAUGAAUACCAACAUUCGUCAUUCUUUGCCGAGCAACUUACUGCGUUUGAAGUUUACCUUGCAUCAGGACCAACAGAGAAGAACCCACCAGACCAACUUCCAAUUGUAUUGCAAGUCUUGUUGAGCCAGGCUCAUCGCUUACGCGCAUUAAUCCAACUCAGCAAGUUUUUGGACUUGGGGCCGUGGGCUGUUCAUUUGGCUCUGAGCAUUGGUAUAUUCCCGUAUGUUGUCAAACUUCUACAGAGCACUGCCCAAGAACUUAAGCCUGUCAUGGUUUUUAUCUGGGCUAGGAUAAUGGCCGUCGACCAUACUGUGCAGAAUGACCUGCUAAAGGAUAAUGGUAUUCACUAUUUCAUUACAAUCUUAAAUCCCGCUUCGCCUAUCCCUAUAGAGAACGCAAGUGAACAUCGUGCCAUGUGUGCAUUCAUCGUUGCGAUAUUCUGCAAAAACUACCCUCAAGGCCAAAACGUUUGCCUUGCUCCCGAGCUCUUUGAAGCUUGUCUAACUCACUUGAUGGAUGCUGAAAACCCUCUUCUGCGCCAAUGGUCUUGCCUCUGCUUAAGUAUGCUCUGGCUCGACUUCCCUGAGGCGAAAUGGGUUGGUAUUCGGUGCUCUGCACCUCCGAGGCUCUGCGAACUCGCCUUAGACCCCGUUCCAGAAGUACGCGCAGCGAUGCUGUAUGCGUUGACCAGUUUCAUUGGUAUCCCCGAUUUGACCGACCAGGUCGCUCAGAUCGAAGAAUCUAUUGCUCUCACUGUCAUGCCCAUGGGUUCCGAUGGCAGUGUCCUAGUAAGGAAAGAACUAUUGGUUUUCCUGUCGACCUUCGUGAAGAGAUACCAAAACAAGUUCCUCGUCGUUGCAUAUGAACAGAUGCUUGAAGAACGACAUUUUCUUUCACAUCAAACGCCCGCUAACAAAAAUGAUCAGCCGGCUCCAUUCCAGUAUGAGAGCAGAGUAUCUCAUGACACUGUGUUUGGGUCAAUAUGGAAACUUGUUCUCAUGCUUUCUGUCGACCCACAUCCGGAGGUCGCUCAAGAUGGAGACACCAUUGUUGAUUAUAUUCACAAAUCUCUAUUGGAGUCUCCAAUGAGAGGAUUAGCUCAGGCAGCCAAAGACGAUAUCCUUAAGCUACACGGUCGAGUUCAAGUCGGUAAACUUAGACACGUGGAACUGGAUGAUUUGAAUGGAACGGGGCAGAGGACACCACAGGCUCCGUCUAACACGGCAUCAAAAUCUGAGGGAUACUUGUCACUGGGCUUGAGAAAAACAGCCAGCGUAGCUGCGUCCUGGAAAAAUCUUGCCUUGGGCUUAUCAAGUACCACUGGUCGACCUGCAUCGCCAAUGAAACCCCUUGCGAUGACAAGCCGCGUUCCCAUUACACCACGGGGUCGGGCACCUGCUGAGUGGACUCGACCGCCUGAAGUGAAUGAUCAGCCAGUGACAUCGGGAUCGUACCGUAAAGCACGUAUCCCGCUCUCUCGUGGCUUUCGGCCAAGAGAUGUCAAAGCUAGCCCUGUCAUUCCUUUGAAAAGCGAUUUUUUGGACUGGUCAACUGAAUACUUUCGCGAGCCGCAAAUGAAACCGAAUGAAUCAGAUGAACCUGGCAGCGCAGAUUACAACGAACGCCUCUGGCGACGCGGCAGAAAUGAGAAAAUCAUAGCUGAAACUCAGCCGCUCAAAGAGAAAGCAGGAACUAGCAAGUGGGAUAUUUCUACCUCACUUCUAAACAAUCAGACUCAACCGGUCAAGAUGUGUUUUCAUCAGUUUGAGGACUACGUCGCGGUAGCUGAUGAUAGAGAUACUGUUUGUAUCUGGGAUUGGCAAAGUCAUUCGCGUCUCAGCCGUUUUUCUAAUGGCAACCCAAUAGGAUCGAAAAUUAACGAAAUUCGAUUCAUCAACGAAGACGACCAAGCGCUUCUGAUGACAGGCUCCUCAGAUGGUGUUUUGAAACUAUUCCGCAAGUACGAAUCGGAAUCGGAUGUUGAGAUUGUAACAGCCUUCCGUGCUCUGCCCGAUUUGGUCCCCAGCAACAGAAAUGCGGGACUGGUUUUGGACUGGCAGCAGGGCCAAGGGAAGGCGCUCAUUGCUGGCGAUAUUAAGGUUAUUCGCGUCUGGAACGCGGCCACCGAAAUUUUCACCAACGACAUAUCUGCUCGUUCGGGUUCCUGCAUAACCUCUUUAACAUCAGAUCAAGUCGCGGGACAUAUUUUCGUCGCUGGAUUUGGUGAUGGUGCCGUUAGAGUAUUUGAUCAACGCUUAAAACCGACAACAGCGAUGGUAAAAGUGUGGCGAGAGCAUAAACAGUGGAUCACAAACACCCAUAUCCAGCGUGGCGGAGUCCGAGAAUUGAUAUCUGGUAGCCGAAAUGGUGAGGUUCGACUGUGGGAUUUGCGCAUGGAUUCAUCGAUAGGUACCAUCCGCGCCACCAAAGACACCUUGCGGACGUUGUCUGUGCACGAACACGCUCCAGUAUUCGCGAUUGGCACCAAUCGCCAUGAGGUUAAAACUUUCAAUACCGAUGGCACUUAUCUCUCCACCUACGAGCCUCAUGGUAGUUUUCUACACCCAAACCGAUCCUCACCGAUCGUAAGCGCCUCCUUCCACCCACACAGGGCCAUCCUUGCCUGUGCAGCUCUGAACGAUAACCAUAUCAAUUUUGUAUCAUGUUAA